AUGGGACAAUCUCUGUCUACUCCCCUCUCACUCACCCUCUUCCACUGGUCAGAGGUCCACUCUCGUGCUCGGAAUCUUUCUCUGAUUAUUAAAAAGGCCAAAUGGCAGACCUUUUGUUCCGCAGAGUGGCCAACAUUCCAGGUUGGCUGGCCCUCUGAGGGAUCCUUUCACCUACCAACAGUUCUCCAGGUCAAGGGAGCCAUCUACCGGCCAGCCCCUCGAGGACACCCGGACCAGGAGCCUUACAUUUUGGUCUGGCAAGAUCUAUGCGAACAUCCCCCUCCCUGGGUCAAGUCCUUUCAGGUUCCUCUGGCGGCACUGACCCCUCUCCCUACCACUCCACCCCCAGCUCUCACCCUUCCGGCCCAUGUUGACAACUCUAAACCUCUCCUCCCAGAGUCCCAGGACCUCCUUCUUUUUGAUGAACCGCUGCCCUACCUGCAAUUGCCAGCACCUGCUACUCAGUCUUCUCUUCCCCCUAUACCUCUGCCUCCCACUCUAAGUUCCCCUGACACCUCUGCUCCGCCCCUGAACCCUGAGUUCUCUAAUGCCUCCCCCGGGCCAGCAUUCAGAACCAGAAGGCGGGAGGCCCGGGCGGGAGAAGGGCCCCCCACUGAGGCCGAGGCAGUUAUCCUCCCCUUACGAGCCUACGGCACAGAAAUCCCCGAUGGGCAGGGAGGUCGGAUGCCUUACCUUCAGUAUUGGCCUUUCUCCACUUCCGAUCUCUUUAAUUGGAAGAACUUUAACCCUCCUUUUUCGGAAGACCCCACCCGAUUGACUGACCUCAUCAUCUCUGUCAUGAAUUCACAUAGCCCCACUUGGGACGAUUGUCAGCAGCUCCUCACUGCUCUGCUAACUACAGCAGAGAAGGAAGCCGUCCUUACCAACGCUCGCAAACAUGUGCCGGGACCCGACGGGCAACCCACCAUACUGCAGAACCUCAUUGACGAAUACUCCCCCUUGAAACGACCUGAGUGGAACCCUAAUUCACCGGAAGGUAGGAGACAUCUCCAAAUUUAUCGCCAGACUCUAGCUGCGGGUCUCCGGGAAGCAGGGCGAAAGCCUACCAAUUUGGCCAAGGUAAGAGGAGUGAUACAGGGACCAGACGAGAGCCCCUCCUUAUUUCUAGAAAGGCUGUUUGAAGCUUACCGACAGUAUAAUCCCUUUGACCCUACGUCAGAGGAGCAUCAGGCCUCAGUAGCCAUGGCCUUUAUAGGUCAGUCUGCUACUGAUAUCAGAAGAAAGUUGCAAAGAAUGGAGGGAUUACAGGAUAUGUCUCUUCGGGACUUAGUGACAGAGGCUAACAAGGUCUUUAAUAAAAGGGAAACGCAAGAGGAGAAGGAGGAAAGAAGAGAGAGAGAGAGAGAGAGAGAGAGAGAGAGAGAGAGAGAGGAAGAGGAGAAAGAACGAGACAGAAGAAGGAGCAGGGAAAUGACUAAGGUCCUGGCCGCUGUGGUAGUACAGGAUAGGGCAUUUCAGGGAGAUAGUAGAGGAAACCUGGGCCCGCGCACGGGAAAUAAGCCUAAACUGGCCUCAGACCAAUGCGCCUUUUGUAGAGAGAGAGGUCACUGGGCCAAGGAUUGCCCCAAGAAGAAGAAGAACAGAGGUACGCGCCUGGGCCCUCUUCCCACUGAGGUGCUGGCACUGGAUGAGGACUAGGGGGGACGGGGCUCGGACCCUCUCCCCGAGCUCAGGGUAAACUUUAAGGUGGAGGGGACUCCUAUAAACUUUGAGAUAGACACUGGCGCGGUCCAUUCUGUUCUCCAACAACCACUGGGACCUCUUUCACACAAGCGCGCCCUAGUGAGGGGAGCAAACGGGAGCCGAUUCCGACCAUGGACUACUCAGAGAACAGUGGACUUGGGAAAUGGAAGGGUCCACCAUUCAUUCUUGGUCUUACCCGACUGUCCUGCCCCACUAUUGGGACGGGACCUGUUAACUAAAUUACGGGCAAGAAUUACCUUUACUGAAUCAGGCCCUCUGGUCGAGUUCCUCAAUCCAAUUACCCUGACUCUAAGCUUAGAUGAUGAAUAUAAACUUUUUGAGGAACCUUUAGAAAAGACCCAAGGUGUCGAGGACUGGAUACAAGAGUUUCCGGAGGCCUGGGCAGAAACAGCGGGGUUAGGGCUGGCCACAGCCCAACCACCCAUAGUAGUCUCAUUAAAAACUUCGGCCACACCUGUUCAGGUUAAACAGUAUCCUAUGAGCUUAGAAGCCAAGGAAGGCAUAAAGCCCCACAUAAUCAAAUUACUGCAACUAGGGGUGUUGAAGCCUUGUAGGUCCCCAUGGAACACGCCACUGCUUCCUGUUCGGAAACCUGGCACCAAUGACUAUCGCCCAGUCCAAGACCUGCGGGAAGUAAAUGCCCGAGUAGAGAUUGUUCAUCCCACGGUGCCCAACCCCUAUAAUUUACUAAGCACCCUCAGCCCCACCAGGACUUGGUAUUCUGUAUUGGACCUUAAGGAUGCCUUCUUUUGUCUACGACUACACCCAGAUAGCCAGCCCCUGUUUGCCUUUGAAUGGAGCGACCCUGAUAUGGGAAUCUCGGGGCAGCUGACUUGGACCAGGCUUCCACAGGGCUUCCGGAACUUCCCUACACUGUUUGAUGAGGCCCUGCACAAGGACCUACAGUCUUUCCGUGCCACUCAUAAGACUUUAACAUUGCUCCAGUAUGUGGAUGAUCUUUUACUAGCAGCUGAAACCCAAGGCGAGUGCGAAAAAGGAACCAAGGCCCUCCUGAAGACCCUUGCCUCCCUGGGAUACUGAGCCUCAGCAAAGAAAGCGCAGCUCUGCAGGAAUGAGGUAAUAUUCCUGGGCUACAAGAUUAAGGGCGGGAAGCGUUGGCUCACGGAGGCCCGGAAAAGGACUGUGACCCAGAUACCCCCGCCACAAACACGGAAGGAAUUGAGGGAGUUCCUGGGAACGGCCGGGUUCUGUCGUCUCUGGAUCCCCGGCUUUGCCAACUUGGCAGCUCCCCUAUAUCCCCUGACUAAAAAAGACACUCCUUAUGAGUGGGGGAGAGAACAACAAGAGGCCUUUGAUAAACUCAAGCAGGCCCUUCUCAGUGCUCCGGCGCUCGCCUUACCUGAUGUUAGCAAGCCCUUUACUCUGUAUAUAGAAGAGAAAGGCGGAGUGGCAAGAGGAGUGCUGACCCAAACCUUGGGACCAUGGAAACGCCCUGUUGCCUAUCUAUCUAAGAGACUAGAUGCGGUAGCCGCGGGAUGGCCACGAUGCCUCAAGGUUAUUGCCGCGGCGGCUCUCCUGCUCAAAGAUGCUGACAAGCUCACGCUAGGGCAAAAAGUGACUCUGGUUGCUCCACACACCCUCGAGAGUGUGAUUAGGCAGCCCCCUGACCGAUGGCUCUCUAAUGCUCGCAUCACUCACUAUCAAAGCCUCCUGCUAGAUAAGGAACGGGUCUUCUUCGGCAAUCCGGCUACUCUUAACCCUGCCACUCUACUCCCCGUGGAGGAUGGGCAAGAUGUUCUUCACUCAUGCCAAGAAAUCUUGGCUGAGGAGACUGGGGUCCGGUCUGACCUAAAAGACUCGCCCCUGCCGCAGGCAGAUUACACUUUCUUUACCGAUGGCAGCAGUUUUCUCCAGCAAGGGGAGAGGAGAGCCGGGGCAGCCGUGGUGGGAACCACAGGGAAGAUCUGGACAGCACCUCUGCCACCAGGAACAUCAGCGCAAAAAGCAGAACUCAUAGCCCUGACCAAGGCACUGGAGCUCGCGAAAGGUAAAAGGGUGAACAUUUACACGGACAGUCGCUAUGCUUUUGCUACGGCCCAUGUGCAUGGCGCCAUCUGCCGGCAGCGAGGCCUUCUGACCUCCGCCGGCAAGGACAUCAAGAACAAAGCCGAGAUCCUUAAUCUCCUUGAAGCUGUCCAUUUACCGCGGGCCCUGGCUAUCAUACACUGUCCUGGACACCAGAAGGGGGACGAUCCCAUAGCGGUCGGGAACCGGCUGGCAGAUGAAGAAGCGCGGGCGGCCGCUCUCCAGGAGAUCCCAGCAGCAGAUAUCCUGACAACUACCCUGCCGCAAGCUGGAGAACAUGAUGAGGCCGAAAGUAAGGUAACUGAGUUCCUUCUAUUCACCCAUCGCCUGACCCACUUAGGAACCAGAGUGCUACUGGAACUAUUAAAGGAUCAAGAGCUACCCACCCUUGCCCCAGGGCGGGCAAAAGAACUAGCUCGAGACAUUGUCGCUUCCUGUGAAGCCUGUGCGUUGGUGAAUGCCCGAAGGACUGAGGGAACGCAGGGCGAAAGUCUGCGAGGAGACCGCCCUGGCACAUACUGGGAAGUGGACUUUACUGAAGUAUCUCCUGCCAGGUAUGGAAAUAAGUAUCUGCUAGUUUUCAUAGAUACCUUUUCAGGGUGGCCUGAAGCCUUCCCCACGAAGAAGGAAACCGCCCUGGUGGUGGCCCAAAAGCUCCUCGAAGAAAUCUUUCCCCGCUUCGGACUUCCUAAGGUAAUAGGUUCCGACAACGGUCCCGCUUUCGUGGCCCAGGUAAGUCAGGGACUGGCCAGGACUUUGGGGUUUGAUUGGAAGUUACAUUGUGCCUAUAGGCCCCAGAGCUCAGGACAGGUAGAGAGAAUGAAUAGAACAAUUAAGGAGACCUUAACAAAAUUAGCAUUAGAGACUGGCGUUAAAGAUUGGACGAUGCUCUUACCCUACGCUCUCUUCCGCGCUCGAAAUACACCUUCCCUUUCUCGUAACAAUCUCACCCCUUAUGAGAUACUCUACGGGGGGCCCCCACCUCUUAAAACCAUGACUGAGCACGGACUGGGAGUGUUACCUGAAACCUCGGCUCAGCUAAUGCCCAGGCUUAAAGCGCUAGAGGCUAUUCAGCGCCACAUAUGGAAGGGACUUUCUGAUCAGUAUCGCCCAGGCUCUGUCUCCCCCCACCCCUAUUCUGUAGGCGAUUGGGUGUACGUGAGAAGGCAUCAAGCCCGGAAUCUUGAACCCAGGUGGAAAGGACCCUAUCUUGUCCUCCUCACCACCCCUACCGCAGUCAAGGUUGACGGGAUUUCUACGUGGAUCCACAGCAGCCAUCUCAAGCCUGCCCCUGCCCUUGAUGCCAGAUCUUCAGCCCAUCCAAGUCCCGCUGACCAAUGGAUCGUGCGGCGUCACCCUUCGGAUCCCCUCAAGCUCUGGUUGGCGCGAGGUGCUUCUGGACACGGGAGCGGCGCACUCAAUCAUUCCUCCAGUUCCUGA